AUGUCGGCCACGACAGCGGCCACGACAGCAGAAACGCCCGCGACCUUCGCUGCCAUUGCGACUUGGAGCCUCGAGGGUGACAGCACGCUCGAAGGCGACAUCACGAUCGAUUUGCCGUGCACGGAGGGUGCGGCCAGCGCUUUCGAUCUCGGCCGCGCGCGACUGUUUGGCGCUUACGGCAAGGCAUUUGCUCACGGCACCGUCAGCCGCGUCCAGUGCAGUCUAACGGUGGAGGCGGGCUGUCUUCGCGUGGAGUCGCGGGGUCAGAACCCAACUGGCAUACGUCCGGCUGGCGGCGCGUGGAGACUGCUUCAGCAGCGCAGUGCGCUCAACGAUGGUGACGAGCUGGCACUCGACAAGAUGCGCAAGCCCGGCACCGUGUUCACCGUGCGCAAGCGCCCUCGAGGGGAGCCGGAGGUCUGCAGCAGCGCCCCGGUCCCGGCCACGCCCGCGGUUGCCGCCGUGGCCGCGCCGCCACUCACGCCGCAUCACGCAACGAUUUGCUCGUGGAAUGCAGCGACGGUUGCGCCAAAGUCUGGCAGCAGCCCGGACAAGCUGCGCAUGAUGCUACGCGAGCUUCGCUUCCAGCCGGACAUUCUUUGCCUGCAGGAGACGAAGUUCUGCGACCGCGUUGCGGAGAGCCGGGCGAAGGAAGCCACGCCCGAGUACGAUUGGCACAUCCCGGCUGGCAGCUACUAUGAGAGCCCAGGCCGUGGCGUCGCGCUGCUCGUCAAGAAGGGGAGCAAGCUCGCCGGAGGCCGGCUUCUCAAGCUGCUGUGGGACGAUGAGCACCGGGUGACUGCGUAUGAGACGAAGUUUGGUCUCGUGGUGGGUACCUACAUGCCGACCGUCUCUAGCAGGCAAGGCCGGCUGCAGAAGCGACUCGACUACGAGGACCGCCUCGCCUCCCUCCUUUCCGAGCACAAGGAUCGGCUCCUCGCGGUCGUCGGAGACAUGAACGUGGCGCCGUCCGAGCUGGACUGCUCUACCCCUUGGGGCAAGUUCUUUCUGGCCGGGGAGGACGGCACCGGCGCCUGGGAGGAGCGCGCGGUGCAGCUGCGCGGUGCGCACUGCAAGCUCCUCAAGCAUGGCGGCCUCGUCGAUGCCUGGCGCUACCACAACCCGCGCAGGAAGGAAUUCACCAGUUUUCAGGACCAAGGCCGGCACAGAUCGCGGAAUGGAUGGUGCGCGCGCGUCGAUCUCGUCCUCGUGCCCGAGCGGCAGGUGGCUGAUGUCCGCCCAAUCAUAUACUCGGAGAUAACAGCGCACGCCGCAGGCCGCCAGAGCGACCAUGUGCCGGUGGGAUUGCAACUCGCGCUGCCUCUCGGCUAG